GAAUCCCCUUGAUCCCUGCCAAAGUACAAAGGUCGUCAGAGCUGGAUACAUGAUCAUUUCCAGUUUCUGUUUCAAUAUCGUGUUCAGAUUCUCCAGGCAACUCAGAGUAGCUCUGUCACAGACCCUUGGAAGAUGAACAACUGGCAGCUUUUGGCUAUGGAUCUGUGAUCCAUGAUAGGCAAUGUUGUAGGGGCAGUAAAUUGGUGAGAUACAUUAAAAAAGCGUUGUCUGGUUCCAAAACUGGGAGAUUAAACGAAGGGUGAAGCACAGCAGGCAGCAAAGUGAAGUCCCACGAGUUGGAGUUACUGGUGGCUAUCUGUUUAAUCUUCUUCUCUUUGUAGGUGCUGUGUAUAAGAUAGAGUGCAGAACGGAGACUUUGCUGGGCAGAGCAAGCAGCCAGGUGCCCAUCAGCUCUUCUGCACUUGUGUUGUCUCCUGACUCAUCUGUCUGCUCCUGAAAAUGGAGUAUGUCUGGUAUUGGCUCGACGAUUCCAAGCAGUGGAUUGAGUAUGGGAAAGAGCACCCAGAUCACAUCACUGCCACUGUAACAUCUGCAUUUCUGGAGAAUGAAUAUCAAGCUGACAAGAAUGGUGUUAUUUUCUUCAGGGCUGGUUCUCAGCAGUAUAAGUUAGACUUUGCAGACAUGGUCCAAACAAAUGUGCUCUUUAAAACUCAAAGAAUUGUUAUUCGACUGCCUAAACAGUCUGAAGAUGGACAAGAUGGAAGCCAAAACAUGACUCUAUCACAUCCUGUCUAUCCUCCACAGUGGGACAAAACUGCACUACCUGAUAUUGGGUACAAGUUGAUACAGCUCAGCAAUGAUUCCCAAGAAUAUACAAAAAUCAAGAGACUGUUUGAGAAGACAAUGAAAAAUUACUGCAUAAACCAACUGCAGAGGAUUCAGAACCCGACACUUUGGGACAUUUUUCAAUGGCAAAAAGAAAAGAUGAAGAAGCUUCAUCAAUUGAAAGGGGGCAACGAGAGGCUCCUGUUCCAUGGCACAAGUCCAUCCCAUGUGUCUGCCAUCUGUGAGCAGAACUUUGACUGGAGACUCUGUGGGACUCAUGGGACAAUGUAUGGAAAAGGAAGCUACUUUGCCAGAGAUGCCAGCUAUUCCCAUGAGUACUGCUCCUCUCUGGGUGGGCGCUACAGCAUGUUCGUAGCUCAGGUUCUUGUUGGAGACUUUGUGCGGGGGAACCCUGAGUACUGCCGCCCUCCACCCAGAGAGAAAAAUUCAAACAGACUUUAUGACAGCUGUGUGGAUGACCCGACAGACCCUUCCAUCUUUGUCAUCUUUGAGAAGCAACAAAUUUACCCUGCCUAUAUCUUGGAGUACAGCCUUGAGACCAGCUGUGUGGUCCUGUAAUGAAUGGUGGAAUGUCUUUUGAAUUCACACUGAAUAAAUUAGUCUCCAGUACAUUUUUUAAAAAUGUUUGUUCAAUUUUAGUUGCAGCUUUAGAACUCUUUGUAGUGCAGUGAACCAGUAUUAAUCCCCUGAUAGUCUGGGGGGCAUAGCUUUUUUGUUAGGGGCUAUUCUUUCCCCAGAGGCAGUGUCAAGCUUUAGCAUUCAGCACAUCUCUAGCCUGGAAUGGGUACGUACCUGCCUUGCAUACCAUGAUGCAGUGAGACCUGCUGAGUUGAAAUGACCUUGAUCCACUGAUAUGGUCACCUCGGGUUGAUUCCUGCCUGUGAUGGUGCUGAUAUGCCAAAGGGAGGCUGGGCAGGGAAUGUGGAAGAAGGAAAACUGAAAGUACCUACAUCAUGGUGCUCAAGAGAGGAAUCAUGGCCUGUCUUUGAAGUAAAUGGCAGGAAGCUUCUGCAUUCUGAAGGCUUUGUAAUUAAUGCUGGCAAAGAACUUUGCUUUGUUUCCUGGUCCCGUUGCUGGCAUUUCUUCUUACCUUGUUCUGCUGUGUCAAGUCUGCAUGUCUCUGUGACACCCUGUCCUUCCUGUGUUCCCACUGGAUUUAGGUCAAGAAAAGCAGGGAUAUGGCAGCUGCUGAAGUUAGAGCCCCACCAUGCCAUGACACCAGCAGUGAGGAAGUCCAUGGUGAGCUGAAAAAUGGCGCACAGCAGUGUCCCACCAGGGCUGUGGAGCCAGUUCCUGCAGCAGUGAGCAGUGAGACACAGGGGCUUUGUGAGGGCUGGCUGCUGGCAUGGCCACCUCCUUCCCACCCUGCAGGCUGGCACUGGUGGUGGCUGUUUUGGAUUGCCCCGCUGCUGCUUCUGCUGCCUGGAAGUUCUCUGGGGAAUGGAGAAGUGUCCCAGUGGUGUGUGCUUCAGCUAGGAUGGACGGUGGAGAAAGCUUGAAUUGUCAUCAUAGUACUUGAAAUUCGGUGGAUAAUGUGAUAACAUUUGGGAUGAAUGAUAGCAUGAAAACAAAAGUGAAUGUUGUAAGUUGUAAUUCAGCAGAGGAGUCACAAGUAGUUCACUUGUGUGUGCCAUAGCUGGGAGGAACCAAGAGGAGGGCUGUGUGUAGGAUCUCAUCAGCUUUCCUAAAGCUGCUAUCUUCAGGCACAAUCAGUGCCUUUAGAGAAUUUUGAAAGACAGGUGACUGCAGUAAGUCCCUAAGCUUCACUAAUUCAUGCAAUUCCACGUCUCACUGCUUUUGCAGAAGCCUAAAGGUUGUUCUUUUGCAAAUUAGUGAUCUAGUCUUGUCAGUCACAGGUAAGCAGAGAACUUUCCACACAGUCAGGAAGUAAAAAUGAAAGUCACUUAAAGUGACUUAAAGUGGAUGGGAAGGGACUGAACAGUGACCAUUUUCAGCUGUCACCCUACAUUCGUCCUUGCAACAUUCCAUAGAUUUCCUCCAUGGCUUCCUCAGCUUAAGGGGGUUUGGAUAUGCAGCCUUUGGGCAGGAUAGGGGCUGGGAGAUGGAGGGUUUAGGAAGAGUUUGCUAUUAUACAAAAUACUCUGUGGAAUGAUGCCUGUGUAUAAAUCAUCUUUCCCCAUUCUUCUCCUCUAUGACAGAAGAAACCACCCAUCAUGUGGGAGAAAGUUAUUUCCAGCAAGGUGGGCUUCAGAGUAUGAUUGCCAAAUUCAUCAGAGGCAGGAGAAGUCUCCAAACUGCUGUGCUUCUGCUUUAACCUCUACAGUCAGAGAAAGCAAUUCAGGCUGACCAGACUGGCAGGCACUCUCCAGUUUCAAACAGAUUAUUGGAAGUAUAAGAUCAACUUCAAAGGUGAAGUAUCUCUUUGCUUGAUCUCUAAUGCAGGUGGGAUGUGACUGGUGCCACAACAUAGCAUGUCCUGCGUAUCCUGCAUGGGCAAGGCUUGCAGGCCAGGACACAAGAGGCGGGAAAAGCUUUUCACUGAUUUUAAGCAGUCAGUGCUACAGCAGCAUGGAGGGGAGUGUGGAAAGAAGGGGAUUCUCCAUUAAGCAGGCACAGGAUAAGUGCAGAUGUUGGUGCAAGGAAGGAUACAGCUCAAGCAGAGGGAGGUGUGCAGGACGGGAGCUGAGGGUGGUUUUGGGAAGCUCCUAAGCACGGCUGCAAGACUGACUGUGCCGGGUCCCUUGAUCUUUUGGUCUGGAUAUCUCCAAGAAGUAAACUGCUCCUUGAAACAGGGCAAGACAAAGUGAUGAUCUGUUCUUCGGCUGUCAGGUCUUGAUGCGUGCGUUCAGAGUCAUCGCGAUUGACACUGAAAGAGGAGAUGGCACAUGACAAAAGGAGAAUACAAAUUAAGCGUGCCCCAAAAAGAACAAGGUGCUGCUCCUAUAACUUCUGCAGAUGUGGUGCCAUGGUUUCACAUUCAUCUGCACACUUUUGAAUUUCAAGUGGAUUCACAGAAAUACGAGAGACUUCAAAGCCAGUAGCAAAUGGAAGCAAAUUGAAACCCUACUUCAGCAGACGAGGAUUACAGAAUCUGCAGCCUCUGGAGGACUGGAAGCCUGACACUUUGGCAACAUUUCCAGCUGUUUGUGUCCACUUUACUUCAUUCCCCUGGGUGGCAGCGGAGCCAUUCAGAUACUGGCUGGCCCCCAUGCCGUUCUUGCAGCGUGUGGGUGGUUCCCCCUUGGCAGAAGGCAAACCCUCUUUGGCGCAGCCCCGAUCCCUGGCGCAUUCCUCGGGAGCCGACCGCUCCGAUUCCCUGAUUUACAAUGGAAAGAAAAAUAACCAAAUCCAAAAGUGGGAGGGGACAUGAAGUAAAAGGGUCGGGGCCCUAUAGAAUUAGAACUUGGUUUAUAGAAAAUUUAUGUUUUAAUUAGGAAAACCCAGCAACUGGGAAGAUUUUUAUUAUAAUGAUGGCUAUUAUAAACCUGGGGUUUACACUUGGGGUGCAUUCAAAUUUUGUUUUGUAAGUCUGGUUUUAUAUAAGCAGUUUUAAAAACCGAUUCUAUGACCUUUUUUAGGAAAAAAACCAGCAAGCCAUUUUAAGUUCGAGUUGUACAUAUGCUCCUUGUUGGUAGAACAACAUGAGUUGGGGGAAUGUUUUCUUUACUGUUUGGCUUCUUGCAGCUGUAAUGUUCUCAUUCACAAUGGUGAAGGCCAAUUUUUUUUUUUUCAUGACAUCUGAGAGGUUGAUUAACCACAGCCAGAGGGAGUGAGUGGACAGUUUCCCUAGAGUAUGGAAGACCUACAUUUAAUCCUGUCCUUGAACUGAACCUAAAGCUGCUUGUUUUGGGUACCUACCGCUAUCAUUUCACAAAUGGAGAGAGAACAGGAUAGGAUCACUUGGGCUCAAGGGAAGUAACCAGAGAUGCCAGUCCAUAUCUGAAGUUUUCCAAGGAACAAAACAGCACCAAAACGGAAUGUUCCUGGAAAAAAAGAAGUGGUUCCAGUUGGCAUGAGCAUUUUCUAGAAAUUCAGAAAAAGCAUUUAGACAAAACCCUGGGAGGUUAGCUCCUUGUUUUGAAGGUGUAAUGUGUGGUUUACACAUUUCCUUGUAUCUAACUUGGUUACAAUUGAACAGAGCAUGAGAAAUUAGUAGAUAGGGUUGAUUUAAUGGCCAGUGAUGGGAUGGGUAUAAUUGGUUAAAUUAAUUUUACCCCUCUGAAAAUGUUUCAGUACAUCUAAACAAGUGACCCCUUCAGUUCUCUGCAAACAGAUAUACUGCAUUUGUAGAAAAUGUGGUCUGCUUGCUGGCCAGUGUUUUGUCAGAAAAACUGCAGUCUGAGACCAAACCUUAGUGUUAUUGCUAAUGAGACUUAGAGUUCAGGGCUGCAGAAGAGCAUGAGAGAGCAAUAUUUGACCUGUGAUCGAUUUUCUUUAUCCCUGGAUGAGAUAUGACUAGCAUCUAGCAUAUUCUUUUAAAUCUCUUCUUUGGACACAUCAAGACAGUCUUGUAUUUCUGCAUUAGGUCCUGUUGUAGUAGCAAAGUUUCUUUUAAAUCUAUUUGAAGCACAGUGUUUUCAUGUAGGUAGAAAGAGCACAUGGAAAAGGGAAGCCUGGGCAGGAGGUGAAUGAGUGGUUCCUGUUCCACAAUAUGAAGCCAUCUGAUAUGCCUGCUGUCUGUAAGCAGAAUUUUGACUGAAGGAUCUCUGUGAGGCUCAUGGGAGACUAUGGAAAAGCUACAAGGGUGUGGGAUGUGUCUGCAUCAUCAUUCCUGGGGGGUUUCCAGAGUGCAGGGAAAAUGCUGUGCUUCCUACUGUGUGGGUCUGGUCCUAGAUCUUUUGUGAGCAAUAAAGCAACAAAAAUCAAUGUUGAAAGCUGCUAGAUCAGCUCUGUGUGUUGAUGCCUUAAAACAAGCUCAAGCAGAAACACCUGGCAAGGAUGGUUUUGGAGCUACCUGGGAAGGAGAGAGAAGAAGGUGCUUGUGGAGCAGCUUGUUAGCUGCCAAAAGGCUAAUAAUGGAUAUUUGUUGCUUUAGUUAGGUGCUUUCUUACCCAUGUUUUUAAAUGAUUCUUAGGAAGCUCCUUUGUUAGAGAUGCCACUUGUUCACAUCAACACUGUCCAGCCAGCACAGACCACCACAGCAUGUUUGUAAGUGAAGUUCUUGUUGGAGAUUUUGUUCAGAGAAACCAUGAGUACUAUUGCCUUCCAACCAGGCCUGAAAUUUCAGACUUUUGAACAGCUGUGUAGAUAAUGAAAGAAAUCCUUCCAUCUUUGUCAUCUUUGAGAAGCACUAGAUUUACCUGGCAUAUAUCUUGGAGGUUACGCAUUCAUCCUGAUAAAGAUGAUGUCAGAGGUAACAAUGUCUUGCCUAAAAAUAACACUUCAAGGUUCACCUUUUUUGAACUCUGUGUUGCAUAUAAGAACCUCUUGUCUGACAUUCAGCUAUACUGCAGCUGUUUCCCUUACAGGAAGGAAACUAAAAUAUAACUUAUGGAAUGGCUGGGAUCCACUAUGAGAGUUGUUUUCCUUCUAAACAGGCUGGUAGCAGUUAAAUCAUAAUAAAUGAUAUAACCAUCACAACGUGGUGAUGAUUUGGAUACAAGUGCAAUAUAGAUUUAAAUGUGCCUUGUGGUUAAUUUCUAAAACUAAUUGCUUCCAUGUAAGGUAUGGUACAUAAGUAGAUGAUUUUUAGGACAUACUUGGGGAAAUUAAUGUAGAAAUGGGGGAAAUAGAGUACAAAAAGCAUGUUUGAGGGGUGACUCUCUGGACUUGUUUUUCCAUGGAGAGAUCAUCAGCAUCUUGUCAGUGUAAGAAAAGUAGACAAUAGGCUCCGAGCUGUUUUUGUCCUGUGGUUUGGCUGCUUUGAAUUUUGUGGCAAGAAAAGGCUUUUAGAUCAUAUCCUAAAGGACUGUUACAUCAUGUUCCCUAAUUUCUCUGCUGUUCCCAUUUGGUUAUCUUGCAAUAAGAAUCAUAAGGGCUUCAAUUCAGAUGGAAAAAAAAUUAUUCCUGGAUAACAAAGAAGCAAAUGACACGUUGAUCUUCCUCAGUUUGCCUUGUCUAUUGAGCGUGUCUUGAAGUCAGAAUGAUGAGACUCAUCUUCACAUAACAUGUCUGAGAGAACGGGGAGAUGCCACAGCCUGUACUGCAGUCCUGUCAUACCACAAAUCAAAACAACAGUCAUUUCCCACUCUUCUAGGAAAGAGUGAAGUUGUUAUUUUGAGCUGUCAGUGCCCUCCUGAUCUGCAGGCUGGGCUGGGAUCUUAGCUUAAGGUACUUAGACAACCUCCCUCUCAAAAUAUGAAGGAUGAGUGCAAAACCUUCCUUGGAUUCACAGCAGGAUAUUCUAG